UACUUGCUGUGAAUAUCGGAACGCAGCCUACAUAACAUAAGAUCGUUUAGACUCUAGACCAAUGAGCAUGUUACGUAAAUUAAUUGUGACGACUUUUUAUGCUGGAAGUUCAUUAGUCCAGACGGUCUUACGCUUAUAUAUGGAGUUAUAUCAUAUUCUCUGCAUUUUGUGUGCAAUUGCUCUAAGACCGAUUUUUUUUAGUUGAUUUUACAUCAUUUAACUUUGCUUUUUUUGUCAAAGAACAUAUUUACACGUGGCUUUUUUCCUAGUCGGAAAAGAAAAAGAAAUUAAAUAGGGCGUAUUGUUACGAAAUUCCUCGACGAUAAAUUCUCAACGAUCAUAAUCAAGUGAUUCUUCUUAAAUAUAAUUUUAUUACAAUAAGUUUAGGAUAAUUGAGUAUUUUUUCAUUAUGGCAAAUAAGAUUAUGGUAGGAAUAAUCUGUGGCUCAGGUCUUGGUGAAACUUUAUAUAAAACAUUCAAUUGUACAAAUAUUACCAAAUGUGAGAACAUGAAAACUGAUUUUGGAUAUCCCUCCAGUGAUCUUUAUCAUGGAAUUAUUAAUGGAGUGACAGUAGUUCUAUUGGCUAGACAUGGCGCAGGACAUAUAUUUAAUCCUACUAGAGUUAAUUACCGUGCUAACAUAGAAGCAUUACGGUUUGCUGGAUGUACCCAUAUAUUGGCAUCUACCGCUUGUGGAUCAUUGACAGAGUCUAUCUAUAGAGGACAACUGGUUAUACCUGAUAACUUUAUAGAUAGAACCAAUUCCAGGAAGAGUACAUUUUAUGAUGGAACAUCUGACAAGUACAGUGGGGUAUGUCAUAUACCAAUGGAGCCUGCGUUUGAUCCACGAACAUCAGAAGUCCUGUUACAAGCAGCAAAGAAAUUAGGUUAUGAUAUAAAAAAGGGUGCAACAGUAAUAACAAUUGAAGGACCACGUUUUUCAUCCAAAGCUGAAAGUAAUGCUAUGCGUCUUUGGGGUGGACAUUUGGUUAACAUGACUAUAUGCCCAGAGGUAUAUCUAGCAAAAGAAGCAGGUCUUCUGUACGCCGCUAUAGCAAUGUCGACUGAUUAUGAUUGUUGGAGAGAAUGUGAAGACAAUGUUAAUGCAACCGAUGUCUUGAUUGUAUUCAGACAAAACGUUGAUAAAAUAACGAAUGUAUUAGUGGAAGCAGUAAAGAUUAUUGGCAGUGGAGAGAUAGAAUGGGAACAGGAUAUUUUUAAGUUGAAGAAUCUAAUUGCAAGUAGCAAUGUGACCUUAAAGAAAUGAAGUUUCUACUUGUAAAGUGGAAUAAACAAAUGCCUAUAUAACAAAAAUAUCAAUAUAUAUAUAAUUUCAACGAAAAGCUACAUAUAGUUUCUACACAUUCCAUAUGUAUGCAAAUUUAUAAAGUUUUUAUAAAGUUAUAUGAAGUUCAAUUCAUGGUAACUUUUAUAACUGCAACUGAAUUUAUAUUAAAUUUAUAUUACAUAAAA